AUGAACCUUUGGGCUUCCCUUUUCGUGCUUCCCAUUUACUUUUUCGUCCCAUCAAACCCAUGUGCAGCCACCAGCAGUAGUACAUCUCCAAGUAAAGUUUCAAACAUUUGAUUCAUCUGAAAAUUUACUGAUUUGCAGCUACAACCACUACCACCACUACCACCACUACCGACGCUUCAGUUACGACGACAACAACUGUAACCACAACGACCACUGUCGCGUCAGGUAACGUUUUGAAAAUAUUUUUUAAAUUUAACUUAAAACUUAACAACAUUUCACUCGUGAAUAACUUUAUUUCUCGAAAUUCGUGUGAAAAUCCAUCUGAAGUGGUCAUACUUUCGCCGGCAUUUCCUCGAAACGGGAAAAACCGAAAAGAAUCCAAUUAUCAUGAAUGACCUCUUAUGUUCGGAAGAGAUGUGUGAAGACGAGAAUACCGCCCCGAGAACGAAAUGACGCACGAGUAUUCCGUUUUUCGGUCUUUGUACUGUCCAGGGUGAGCUUUCCAUUGCAGCCUGCACAACGUGCACCACUUCGUUGAUUACCAUUGUAACUGGCAAUGAUGGCGAUGAGGUGAGAGAUCAAAAUAUGGUAACCGGUAAUCAUUUCAUUUCACAGACACCUAUUUCUGCGCUGACCACUGACACUAGCGGAUGUCUGGUCUUAACUUACACGUGUGCGAGAACGCCUGUCGUCUCCACUGACGUCGUUUUGAUUACGGUAGGACUCAAAAACUCUAUUCUUUCACUUUUCAUCAACUUUUGUUAUUUUUCAGUACUACAGUGACAGUGAGACGCCGAAUGACGUGGGUACUGAAUCUGGAACGGGUUCAACGACCGCCUCGUUGACUUGUGUCGACGGCCACUGGGAAAAUGCCGGAAUUGAAAUUAACGAUAUUGAGUGUCAAAUUAUUACUUAAAACUCGGUUUGUUUUGGUGAUUGGUAUAGGUAUCGGUAUGAUCAAUAAUAAUUUUAAGUUUAAUAAAUGUAAUAACAUAAUACGGUUGCAGAAAGUAACAUAACUUCCAAUAAAGCGUGUGAUAAGUGUUCAUACUCGAUAUUUUCAUGUCAAGAUGUAGCAAAACAUCUGUACAUACCUUUCUUGUCUUUCAAUUUGUUCUGCUAUGUUUUAAGUUCUUCUCACUCUUGUUUUCAGAAAUGAACUCCCUGCUCGCUCACUUUUUAGCUUUCUGCAUAGCCGUAAAAACCGCAGAAACAUGUGUGGCGACGACCGGAGGAUCAACGACUACAGUAACCACUACUACUACUACUACUACUACCACUACUACCGCCGCAGGUAACUUUUUCAAUGUUUUUUGUUGAAAUUUCAGAGAUUCAGAUUGUCAAUCAUGCCUGCUCUCUGCGACGACCAUCAUCAGCAUCAGUGCGGGCACGAAAGCGUUCACCAGUGACACAAUUGACACCAGCGAAACGUGUGCGAUCAGAACUUCCGUUUGUGACGGUAACAGUGCUGAUUCGGGAGUCAUGAUUUCGGUGAGACCUCUUUCAUUUUCUGUUUUUUUUCGAAAGUUUUUGUGUUUCAGUACAAUGAAGAUGCGGACGGUGUGGACACUGGCACUGGCACGGUUACUUCUGUUCUGAUCUGUAAUUCUGCGGGACAAUGGACCAAGGAUGGAGUGGUUAUCACUGAAAUUGAAUGCCAGUCUACAUAA